AUGCGUGUUUCCAUCCAGGCGGACAGCGAGAAGCCGGCGACUAGCCGUUCCCAGCGGGCUUUGAACCUGGAGCAUACAGGAAGCAGCCUGAGGAAGUCAACAUCAUACCUUUCACAGGGCACCACUCUCGCCGCUGCUACGGAUGAUGAGAGCAUAAGUGUGGGUUCCUCAACUGGUGAGUCUUCCGCCGAGUCCGAUGAUGGGGAGCCCGCAUUCGAAGAGGACGAGCUCGAAGUCAUCAGCAUCUGGACAUGGCAAACCAUUGGCCUGCCAGUGAGUGGCUUCCUUCUUGCUUUCCUGAAUGCCAUUGCGUCUGGGGUUGUCUAUGGGUUUUUCCUGGGGUACAUGGGAUUGGAUUCAUACGUCAUGGCGUCGGUUGCGGCACUCAUGAAACUUCCAGAAGUGUUCUUGUUCCCCUUGGGCAUGAUCAACGACUGCUUUCCCAUCUUCGGCUACAAUAGGAAGCCUUACUUGUUGGCAUGCUGGUUAAUCAGUGCCGGUGCACUCUUGGUGAUGAGCCUGCGUCAUUUGCCAGCGCCCUACUACUGUCAAUACCCGGAUGGCAGCUAUGACUGGUAUUCCCCGCCGUGCAAUCCGGACAUCCAUACCCACAAGAACUGGUACAUUUUUCCUUUGUUCGUGCUCAUCGCAGGUCUGCAGAUUGGGAGUACGGCGGGUGAGGGGCUAAUCUUGCAGUACUCACGACGCGAGCCAGUAGAGCGGCGCGGACACAUCAAGGCAGAAAUGACGAUGGUUUGCACGGCCGGAGGGCUGGCCUCCUCCCUCGUCAUUGGAUUCCUCUUGAAUGGAAAGGCAUACUUGGGCACCUUCGAUUGGGGACUGUCCUUCAGUGGCCUAAUGGCAGUGUGCUUGGUGAUGGUCAUCAUCGUCAUCCCCGUCAGCUGGUUCUGCGUGCAUGAGCCCCAAAAGACCACGCACCCAGCACUCCGCGGCCAUGCUAAGUCCUCCUGGAGACUUGUCAAGAAGAACGCUCUGUCCAGCAUCUUGAUGUUCGCAUUCGUCGUCCAGUUCCUUGUCGGCACAGUAACCACGGCGACACCUAUGGUCCAAAGCCAGUGGGCAGGAGUCAAAGUUCUGCAGCAACAGCUUUGUGGGUCAGCUGGCAUGUUCGUGAUGAUGAUCGCCACCUACACGUACAAGGAAUACUUCCUCCAGACAAGCUGGAGGAAAGCAAUCCUCAUUGCCAUCGUGACAGUGUCAGUCAUGGAUGCCGUCGCAUCCUUCCUGACGAUCUUCGGUGUGGUUCGGAAUCAGUACUUCUACCUUGGCGAAGCUAUCGUUGGUAACGUGCCAAAGGCAGCACUUGCAUUGGUGGCGAACUUAAUGAUUAUUGAGCUCUCGGAACGGGGACGCGAGGGUAUGUGCUACGGCUUGAUUGCGACACUGCAGAACGCGAGCCUGCCCCUCGCCACGGUCGUCAGCAAUCAGAUCUACGGCCUCUUUCGUCCUAACUUGUCCGAGUUGGAAAACUACAUGGCGGACACCCCGCAGUUCCGUUCGACAGUAGCUUGGUCGUACGUGCUCUCCUAUGCAAUGUCGCUCAUGAGUCUUUUCUUACUUCCCUUGAUCCCGAAGCAGAAGGAGGAUGCCCAAAGGAGGAAGGAGGAGUGGAGCUCGAGUCCGACAGCGGCUACGUUGGUUUUGGGCAUUCCCGCCCUUUGCCUGGUCUACGCAGUUACAGUGCUGCGAAAGUUGAUCGUCAAAGCAGAGGUGAGGCUGAAGCCAAGCUCUGCCAAGUCUGCGGUCUACCUGCUACAGCUGUUGGGCUGCAACUUUCAGGACCCCACCGCCAAGCAGGUGGCGAAGCGACUUUUCCGGGAUCAUGUGGGGACCUCCGAGGUCGAGGAGCACCAUGUGUUUGCCAAGUCGUCUGCCGUCGCAGCCUACUACGCUCGAUUGUUUCAGGAGGAGAUGGACCAAAGGGGCUUGCGACCGAAGGUCGAUUUCAAGUUCAGCGAGGUUGGGGUGUACAGCAAGCCUUUCCACUUCUGUGGCGAGAAGUACCUUUCAGGCACUUGGGUCAAGUUCAACAACAAUGACGGAUAUGUCAGCGAGGACCUGAGCAAACACAGCGCCGUGGCACAGGUUGUCGACCUGCAAGGCGUUUGCGAAGAAAGGAAUUCCGAAUUGGUUUUCAGGCUGACGGAUCCCCAAGUGCACAGCAGCAGGAACUGGAAGCGGCAAAGUGAAAGCUUCCCCGAAAGAUUCGGGAAGGGCGACUUUGGCGAAGAUGGCUUUUCAGCGUUCUUCCAGAACUACGUCUACAACAAGUUGAGCAAGGACUUGGGCCUUCGAGAUGAACUCGAUAUCCGAGAGCCAACUGCAACUGCCUACAUCCCUGCCGUUCGAGAAUACUUCGAAGAGUUUAAGACUUGGCUCAGCCACGCGAGGGAGCAGUUGGACUGGGACUUGAACGAGUAUUGCGGCCCGCAAGAGUUCGAUGACGAUGCCUAUUGGUUUCCAGUGAAGAUCUGGGCAAAGACGACCAAUGCGCAGCAAGCAGUGCAAGACAUCAAGGACAAGGUUGAGGCAGUGCUGGCCAAAAGGUUGAGAAGGCUAUCAGUCGCCCAGACUGGGGACGAGGACGGCUCCAAGUGGGAGGACAAGAUGUCCGAGUGGCGCCAGCGGUUUGCAGCGACAACUUUGCCGUGGCCUCCAGGCUUUCCGCGAAGUCCCUUGAAAGAGGUUUGGGUGGUUGCUGACAAGGCGGCUGAGCAAGAAGAUCUCGCUGCUUUGCAUGAGGAGAUAGAGCAGGCUAGAUCCAUCACGGCCAGGGCUGUUCUUUGA